GAAGCUCGUGUGUGUGUGUUUCUCUCUCUGGCCGGAGCUAUACUACAGGCGGAAGUUACAGGCGCUUGUGUUGGUGAAAAUCUCCUCUGCUGACUGCUGAGAAAGUGAAAAUCAUCGUAUAUGUUAAGCAGCAGGCGUUUUAUAACGAUUAAACCUCAGAGCAUCAUAUAUGUGGACGCGGUGGCUUUAUUUUUCCCUCCUGCAAUUGCAGACUGCUGGUUGUCGUCGGUAAAGGCAGACUGGCAUAUUUAUUGAGUUUGAUGUCUGGUAUGGUCAGAUAGUGAAGCUCUCAUAGUAACUAACACGCACUUUGAUUGGAACGUUCAGACAUUCUGUUACAUUGAUUCAUUGUAGCGCGUUUCCGACUCUUGUUGAUACACAGUAGCGGGAGAGAAGAAACAUUCACUUUAUUCAGUGAUGACUCGAUUGGGUUUAACAUAACUGGUAAAUCACAUAUGUGACUUCCACAACAACCAAUCUUGUGGAGCCUUUUCUCUUGGCGUUUUGCGCUGGAUUAUCAUUGGAACUGAGAUGGCAGACAGCGGUCGGGUGAAGCACGACAGCCCGAGCUCGAGCCCUGGACCCGGGAGGAAAAAGGUGCAGCAGUCGCCCGGUUCAAAGGCGCGGUACUGUGUCCACGCUCCCGGGCACUGUUUUCGGAAAGUGACCCUGACCAAACCGACCUUCUGCCAUCACUGCAGCGACUUCAUAUGGGGGAUUGUUGGAUUUGUUUGUGAAGUGUGUAACUUCAUGUCACAUGAGAAGUGUUUGAAGCACGUCAGGACCGUGUGUUCUUGUAUGGCUCCCACGCAAGUUCAGAUUCCUGUAGCACAUUGCUUCGGUCCCGCUGGUCAGAAGAAGAGGUUCUGCUGUGUUUGCCGGAAGCAUCUGGAAGGCAGUUCGGCUCUGCGCUGUGAAGUGUGUGAGCUACAUGUCCACAGCGACUGUGCACCGUUCAGCGUUAGCGAUUGUCGUUUCUGCCACCAAGAUGGAGGGCAAGACAUUGAUACGUACCAGCACCACUGGCGGGAGGGCAACAUGUCCUCAGGUGCCCGCUGUGAGGUCUGCCGUCGUACCUGCAGCUCCUCAGACGUCCUGGCUGGCAUGAGAUGUGAGUGGUGCGGCAUUACGGCACAUGCGUCAUGUUACAUAAUCAUCUCCUCGGAGUGCAGUCUGGGACGACUGCGGAACAUGAUUCUUCACCCCAGCUGCGUGUGGAUCUGCUCACGGAACUUCAGCAAGAUGCACUGUUACAGGAUCUCAGAGAAUUCCCAGCACGGAGAGAUGGAUAACCUGGAUGAUGUCGAUACUCAGAGUCCGGUAACAUUAAAGGAGAAUCAACCUACAGGAUCACCUGACACGGGUAAACAGACUCUGAAAGUUUUCGAUGGUGACGAUGCAGCUAAGCGCAAUCAGUUUCGUUUGGUUUCAAUCCCUCGAAUAAUCAAGAAUGAGGAAGUGGUGGAAGCAGCGCUCAGAGCGUUCUACAUUCCAGAUGAACCGCAGGAUUAUGAGCUACAGAGUUACGGUCAACAGGGACUGUUUACAGAUGACAUCAUCAACCGUAAUGGCAGCCCAGACAACAAGCCCGUUUUUAAGGACACCAUGUCUGAUUCUUGGGUGCUCAGAGCAAAACCCAGAGAAACAGAGGUGGUGAAGAUUUACCACCGCUGGCAAAAGGUUGGAGUCAUCUACAUCUCAGUGACUGCUGGGAAAAACAGCAUGGUAGACACAGUCAUAAAGGAUGUGCUCUCACAACUAGGAAAACAGAAUGACAACCCUGCUGACUUUAACCUUGUAGAAGUUUUCAUGAGCAGCAAACAAGUUCAACGGCAAGUCCUCAGCGGUCAGGAGCUUUUACUGGACAAACUGCUGGAGAUACGGAAGACAUCAUUGCGACAGAUGAAUCAGACACGGUUUUACAUCGAGGAAAGCAGGAAUCGAGUGGUGCAGGUCAGUCUGCUCUUGGGAGGCUUUCCGACACAACUCGACAAAGAGGAAUACGCACACCUGCUGUCCGAACACCUCGCCAUCAAAAGUCACUUGGUCACUAUCACUCACGUGUAUGCUGAACAAGGUGCUGUGGUUCUGCAGAUCAGCUGUUUCUCAGAGGCAGAGAGGAUUUACAUGCUGGCCAAAGACAUCAGCAUCAGUGGCAAACAGCUCUACUCACUUGUCAUACCUGAGAUCACGCAAAGCAAGCUGGCCAAAGGAAGCUGCCCCCUGCUGGUCUUUGUCAACCCUAAAAGUGGAGGACUAAAGGGCAGAGAGAUCUUAUACAGUUUCCGGAAACUUCUAAACCCUCACCAAGUGUUUGAGCUGACCAGCGGAGGACCACUUCCUGGGCUGCAUGCUUUUAGGGACGUCCCUCACUUCCGUAUCCUGGUGUGUGGAGGAGACGGCACAGUGGGAUGGGUGCUGGGGGUUCUGGAGUCCAUCCGACAUAAGAUUGCCUGUCCUGAGCCAGCGAUCAGCAUCAUACCGCUGGGCACAGGGAACGAUCUGGCUCGGGUGUUGCGAUGGGGGGCGGGCUACAGCGGCGAGGACCCCUACAACAUCCUGGUGUCUGUGGACGAGGCAGAGGAAGUGCAAAUGGACCGCUGGACAAUUCUUCUGGACGCACAGGAAAUGACAGAGGACGGCAAAGAGAACGGCUUCCUAGAGCCGCCCAAGAUUGUGCAGAUGAAUAAUUAUUUUGGGCUGGGAAUUGAUGCUGAACUGAGUCUGGACUUUCAUCACGCACGUGAGGAGGACCCAGAUAAGUUUAAUAGCAGGUUCCACAAUAAAGGUGUGUACGUGAAGGUGGGCCUGCAGAAGUUGAGUCACACACGAAACCUUCAUAAAGACAUCAGACUACAAGUGGACAAACAGGAUGUGGAACUGCCCAGUAUAGAGGGACUGAUAUUCCUCAACAUUCCCAGCUGGGGUUCUGGUGCUGACCUGUGGGGUUCAGACAGUGACUCUCGGUUUGGGAGGCCCAGAAUAGAUGAUGGGAUGCUGGAGGUUGUGGGAGUUACUGGUGUGGUGCACAUGGGUCAGGUUCAAAGUGGGCUGCGCUCUGGGAUUCGUAUCGCUCAGGGCAGCUAUAUUCGCAUCACUGUGACCAAACCCAUUCCAGUGCAGGUGGAUGGGGAACCCUGGAUACAAUCACCCGGACAGAUCAUCAUCUCAGCCGCGGGACCAAAGGUGUGCAUGUUAAGAAAGUCCAAAACCAAGCAGAAGAAACAAUCCGGCAGUUUGAAGGAAGGCCGUUCCGACAGUCCAGCUCCCAGUGAUGUGACUGGUCAGCCCUCCUCCUCCAGUGGUAUGGAUUCAUGAGGCUGGCCUUAGAUUUUGUAUGUAUGAUCAAUUAGACGCUCCACUUCCCAUCAGGCAUGCAUUAUUGCCAGGCUGUUGCAGGGCGCAGCCUCAGCCACCUACGGGGGGCAACUGUCUUACCUCAUCUACCUCGUCUCACCGGCACACAUCACUCCGAGAAUCAAGUUCCGCCAAGCUCUUCCAAAGACUUGCGCCUGCUUUUCUUCCUGCACUUCAUGGAUCAUGUCUGGGAAUGAUGACGAAUAUGAAAAUCUGACCAAGUGCAUUUGAUCUUAUAUAGUAUGACCAAUGGUUUAGGUCGCAUUGUCAUUUUUCUUCAGAAUAUGCUAUCUUAUCUCGCCAAUUCGCCCUCUCUCGUGUCGUUCAUUUGCCAGAAGUGUGUACAGUGGUGAUUUCUGCAUUAGUUGUGCCUGUUGCCAUGACAACCCUCGGGUUAACGUGCUGUUCUGUGGUGUGGUUUGGCCCGAGCUCUGCGUAUAGUGCCUCAUAUAAGUGCUUCAAGAACUUCUGCAGUUUUGCCGUACGUGUGCGUUUAACUCCAUGCCGUUCUGCUGGUUCAGUGACUAUGAAGUAGAACCGUGCUAUUCUAGGUCCUUUAGAGCUGAUGUGCCUCCUAAUAGGGUAAAUCUCACGAAAAUGAGUCACAUAUUAGCCCAAAAAUCAAAUUACCACAAAAAAAGUCAAAAUUCUUUGCAUUUUGACUUUUUUUUUUCCAUGACAAUUAAGGAUAUUUUUUUACCCCAACUCUCCAAUGCAUUUGGAAUUGUUUUUUUUUCUUUUUCUUUUGUAAUACGCAUAAUUCCCACUGGUUAUUGUCAUUAGAUUCUCCUUAGUGUAGAUGCUUUUUUUUUUUUUUUAUGAUUUUGAAAAACUUACAGUUGGAAUUUUUAUUUAUUUGUGUUAAUUAAAGGCAGUACAACAAUGACUACAGUUGUGUAUAAAUACUUGACAGUAUCAUGAAAAUAACAUCAAAAUAUCUUUAAGCAUUUCUUUUGAUUUUGGGAUGAAAUAUGACCUGGACAUGAUCUUGACAGGUUUCGUGAGAUUCACCCAAUAACUUUGUUUGGUCAAAACUGUUUAAAGUUAUUUUACCUCCUUGCGUUAUUAAAGUUUUAUUCUUACUUCUUGUAAAGUGGGUUAGAAUUAAUGUUCUGAGAUCUAUAUAGAUGUAUAUUUUUGGAGAUAAAAUGUUUUUAAUUUGGUCUGUAAAGAUAUUGCACUGAUUGUACUGUUUUAAAGAUGUUUUUAAGUGUACAUUGUGUUUAAUGAAUAUCAAAUAACUAAAUGUAUAGAUAUAUCAAAAAGGUGUAUAACAGAUGGAUGUGUCCAAUGACAAAAAAGACAUAAAUUUGGACUUUUUAAUACA